UCAUUGCAAGUGCAUCUUAAAAUUACUCAUAAGUUGUAAUUUUAUAAUGAAAUCUUAAAAACAUCAGUCGUGUCGAAAAGAUACCUGGCACUUUUAGGUUUUCAUUCCUUAGUGUUCGCUAUAGAGUUAAAUAAUUAUUUUUAGUGAAAAUGAUGCAAUUUAUGUUACUAUUUAGUCGUCAGGGUAAAUUGCGGUUACAAAAAUGGUAUGUAGCACAUCCAGAUAAACUCAAGAAAAAAAUAACACGGGAAUUAAUAACGACAAUACUUGCCCGAAAACCUAAAAUGUCUAGUUUUCUUGAAUGGAAGGAUGUUAAAGUUGUUUAUAAAAGAUAUGCAAGUUUGUAUUUCUGCUGUGCUAUUGAACAAAAUGACAAUGAACUAUUAACAUUAGAGAUUAUCCACAGAUACGUCGAAUUGUUGGAUAAAUAUUUUGGAAGUGUAUGUGAAUUGGAUAUUAUUUUCAAUUUCGAAAAAGCCUAUUUCAUUCUAGAUGAGCUGUUGGUCGGAGGUGAAAUACAGGAAACCAGUAAAAAAAAUGUAUUAAAGGCUAUAGCGGCACAGGAUUUACUGCAGGAGAGUUAAAAGAAUGAAGGAACGAGCACGUAGAAAAAACUAGUUAGUAUUUAUUUUGUUUGUGGAAGGAUGAAGCUGUCGAAGGAGCUCUACGGGAAAUAGGGCUUUUGUAAAAGCUCCGAUGUUGUGUGUUCCGAGUCAUCGAAAAGACCACCAAGAUCUCCAACUUCAGUCAAUCCUUCAUCUGCCUGACGAUGUCUUCGCCCAUCUCACCUCAUACACAAUUUAUUAUAAUAAUACAAACCACUAAUCAUAUUACAACUUGCCAUACUAUAUAU